GUAAGAGAGGAACGUACUUGAACAGGGUUCAACUUGAACCCUGUUCAAGUACGACAAAUCAAUUCCAGUCCCUUGGACAUGAGCGGUAACCAGGGGCAACACUGACAACAUGAAACAGGAACGUCAAUGAGUGCUAUGUCACAAGCAUUCCAGGGUGUAUUUUAAGAUGUCGGCGUACUUGUUUGUUUGUGUAACCAAAGAUGAAUGGAAUGAAUUCAUCAUGGCGGUAUAUUAUUAUUAAACUGAGGUUAUUCUCUUACUGCAUAUGUUUGAAACUAUGUUGUGUAAAUGUUGAUGAGAUCUAGAAAGGACGUUGGUCAGGGUCAGAGCAGCUGCGACGAGCCGCUGUGAUAUGCCACCCCCACGCGGCUGGGUUGAGUAUUACAGCGACACAAUGUUUUGUUUGCGGAGAAUAAUGAAUGACGGUGAAAAGGUGGCGAAGGGGAGACAUACAUGUACAGUAACGGUCAUUAAACCAUGAGUUUAAGUUUAAGCUAUUUUAUUUUGCUAUCUAUUUUAUUAUUUUCUGUAGACCCACACAUUUCCUACAGAGAGCAGACCUUACAGGCACCACAAACCUCUAACCUCUUUGGUCUAUUUACAUUUAAGCACUUCUGCCUAUCCUUUACAACCACAACCUCCCUCUCAAGGUAGUGGAGCACAGGGGGUCAGGAGAAGGAACAAACUCAAUUCAUGUGUUGAACUCACAGAACCACAACCACUAAAACAUCACGUCCCUCUCUACCGGAGCAACACUGCAGCAUUGACGUUCCGCGGGAAAGGAGCCAAACUGUAAAGUUUGAUAUACUGGUCGAACCUGUACAAUUUUAUAUACCGGUCGGACCUGUAAAGUUUGAUACAUCGGUCGGACCUGUAAAGUUUGAUAUACCGGUCGUACCUGUAAAGUUUGAUAUAACGGUCGUACCUUUAAAGUUUCAUACAUCGGUCUGGCCUGUAAAGUUUGAUGUAUUGGUCAAACAUGUAAAGUUUGAUAUACAGGUCGUACCUGUAAAGUUUGAUGUAUCGGUCGGACCUUUAAAGUUUGACUGGUCCUGCAGGAGGUGGCCGAUGCGGUGGGCGCCGGUGUGGACACCAGUAUCAACGCCAGCAGCUUCACCAGCCAGUGGGACCUGGCCAGCGCAUUCUUCUUCUCUGGAACCAUCAUCACGACCAUUGGGUUUGGGAACAUCUCCCCCAAGACGGAGGGCGGCCAGCUGUUCUGUAUCUGCUACGCGCUGGUUGGCAUCCCCAUGUUUGGUUUCCUGCUGGUGGGCGUGGGCGACCACCUCGGUACGGGUCUGAGGAAGGUCAUUCUCAAAAUAGAGACUCUCUUCUUGAAGUGGCGUGUCAGCCCCACCAUCGUGAGGGUCAUCUCCGCCGUGCUGUCCAUCCUGCUGGGUGUGGUGCUCUUCGUGGCCGUGCCCAUCUUCGUGUUCCAGGAGGUGGAGGGAUGGACUCUCCUGGAGUCGGCCUACUUCGUGGUCAUCACCUUGACCACGGUCGGCUUCGGAGACUACGUGGCCGGGGACUCUGGGGUGGAGGGCAGUGACACCUGGUACAAGCCCCUGGUGUGGUUCUGGAUCCUGGUCGGCCUGGCCUACUUCGCCUCCAUCCUCACCAUGAUCGGGAACUGGCUCCGGGUGCUGUCCAAGAAGACCCGGGCAGAGAUGGAGGAGCUGCGGGCCCACGCCUCCAACCUGACGCAGAACAUCCAGAACAUGUCCGUGGACUUCCGCAUCCCGGGCAAGGGGCUGGAGGACCCCUUCAAGCGCCACCGCAAGAAGCGCCGCCGCGGAGGGAAGGGGGGCCACAGCACCUCGGCCAACGGGGCCCCGGGGGGCCCGGGGGGCCCGGACGCCCAGGGCCCCGACGGGUCCGGCUCGGGGUCGGAGUCCGGCUCCGGGUCCUCCUCGUCCUACACGUCCAACGAGUCCGAGUCGGGCUCGGGGUCGGACGCGGACGCGGCGUCCCAGGCCACGCAGACGGACCACGUGGCCGACGCCCGCGACGCCGAGCCGGAGCAGAGCUUCCCCGACGCGCUCUUCUCCCAGCCGCUGGACUACUUCGGGGAGAACCUGGCCUUCAUCGACGAGUCCUCCGACGCGCAGAGCGGGAAGCUGCACCUGGACCCCCUGCUGGACCCCGCCCUGCCCGAGAAGAGGGGCCGGUCCCGCCAGCCCAAGAGACGGCGCCCGAGGAGACCGGCCCCCCAGGGGAGGAGGGGCAGCGCCAGGACCUCCCCGCCCAGCUCCGACCAGAGGCCCGACGGGGGGCCGCCGCGCCCGCCGGGGACGCAGGUCCCCUGUUGAGGCGGAGGCGUCCGAUGGCCGUCCCCGCGCCGCGGGUCGACCCCGAGAGCGUUGGAGGGGGGACCUGGGAGCCAUUUGACCCUGAAGCCUCUGUCCGACAGGAGGUCAUCCACCCAGAACCGACUCCUCAGAAGCCAUCGAGAAGAAAGCCAUCCAGAAUCCCAGGAACUGGAACCCUUCAUCCCUAGAAACAAAAACACUUGAUUGAUGAUUUGGCGCAAGCAUGAACCUAUAUGUGCCUGCUGAAAGAUGAGGAGGGUCCGACCUCCUCCUUAAUGUUGUGUUCUGGCCUGAUGUUGCACUAGCCUUCUCUACACUUCACUCACUAUAGUCAACGUUAAACAAGUUCAUAUCACGGGGAGAAUGCUUACGUGUGCACACUUACAAAAGAAGAGGAGAAACGCAUGGUUCGCUUUAUAGCCUUCAAUCAGCCAUAAAACCACUCCCGCGGUUUACACAGGAACACAACUUUCCAUAAAUACUCAACCAUCGCCAAAAAUAGCUACUUUUUAUAAUCAUAUUCUGUUUCAGCACCAGGUUCUGACUAGGUUGAACUUGCUGAAUAACACACCGUGCCUGCAAAAAAACAGCAAAUAAAUAUUUUGUUCACAGUUUUCCUUGUAUGGAUUUCUACCUUUAUGCAGCGUUUUUCUGAUAAACUUUUGUUAAACGCAAACUUCAUGUCAAAAGGUUGGGCUCCUUCUUACAUAUGUAACGUUAACCAAUGAUUAUUGCAUUCUGCAAAGUAUUUUGGGCUUAUUAAUCCAAAAAUUCACAUAGGAAGAUUUACCGUUAACCCAAAAUAUCCCGGGUUCUAAUUGCUGGCGACAUUAGGAGGAAACACAGGGUCUGAUAGGAUGAGGGUGUGAAGAAAAGAGUGUUAUACUGUAAACAAUAUAUGCAACUACAUCACACGUUUGAAGAUGAACCGAUCAAUAUGAAUUGCACUUGUGAAAUAAAGUUUUUUUCUUUUU